CAACGUGCGAUCUUCAAAUGAUCGUCAAAAUUCGUUUCAAGGACUCUGAACGGGAACUUUUCGUCGACAUCCAAUGGAACAUACUGUUUUUAAAACAAAUUGCGUGCAAUCAAUUUUCGCUGGAUUCUGAAAAGUACGCAUUAUUUUUGAAUCACCGAAAAUUGAACGAAGACGAUAAGGCGUCAUCCUGUGGAAUAACCGAAAACUGCUAUAUUGACUUGUUUAGACACGAAACAAAGAAUCGUUUUUUCGUAUAUUGCUAUGUUUGUGAAGUGAUUUCUCCUGCUCGUUUGUGUUUUACUUGCGAAUCUUGCUCAAACUCUAACUUCACGCCUUCAUCGAUCUCAGCUGCUACCCGAACUGCAAUUGGUCGGUGUAACGUUGGUGGUUGUGGAAGUACAAGCGCUCGCGUUAGUUUCUUGUGCCUGGCGUGUCCUGAUCAUCAACCAGCCGUGUUUCUGGAACAAAUCAGGCGCAAUCUGGAGUCCUCCCCAUGUAUCGCGUGUUAUGCUGAUGACAUUGAGAUUCUGGUCAAUUUUUGCGUAGAACAUCAACACGUCCUUUGUCUUGAGUGCUUUAAAUGUUAUGCAAAGGAAUAUCUAGAUAACGGUUUGUUUCACUUAGUCGAAGAUAUCGGAUUCACUCUUCCAUGUCCAGCUGGCUGCACCAAUUCAUUUAUAUCCGAUCCUCAUCAUUUCCGUAUCUUAGGCGCUGAAUUCUAUGAACGGUACAAAGACUUUUCCGCUUCAAAAUACACCUAUGCACGUGAUUGUAUAUUCUGCCCUCAGUGUGGACAGCUUUGGGACGCUUCAAACUCUGUACAGCGUAGUGGGACUGGUGACACCUGUGGUGAACAACCUCGAUGGUUCAGCUGUGACCCCCCAGCUGGCUGCGGCUGUGUGUUCUGUAGUACAUGCGGUUGGGUUUUCAAAUGUUCCACAUCUUCUUCGACUUGUUUAUGCGGUGACUGUCCUUCCGAGCGGCACACAAAUCGUACUGGUUUUACUGGUCUCAUCCGAACAUGGUGUAAAGGUUUUUCCUCCAGCGCCGAAUAUCAGAAUCGGCUGGCCAUAGCAAAACUGUGUCGUCCCUGUCCAAGGUGCAAAACUCCAACUGAAAAAACCGGGGGUUGUAAUCAUAUUCACUGCACCAUAUGCAGCUGCGAUUGGUGCUGGAUAUGUUGUGACCUCUGGUCAGGCGACUGUCAAUCACUUCACUGGCUUUGAACCAACGUCCUCGCGCAUUCACCUACUAACCUCGUAUUGCCUUAGUGAAAAAUAUAUUUUUGUAUAUUCUCUAUCUUGUAUAUUAAUCGGCUUUUCUUUUUCAGGUUGAACAUUCAAUGUAAGUUAUAGUUCGAGCCAUGUCUGCUGGUGCCGUCCGUGCUCCUCUGAUAAUCCCUCUACGUAUACCCACCGCUGAGCUUCCAAAGUCACAGAUAGAUACAAAUACGAAAUUGGAAAUCAUUUCUGAGACCCCAAAUACCACUAUAUAUUUUACUAUCAAUGGGAGCAGGCCGGUAGUAAAAAAGAACGACAAGGACCUUCAUAACUUCGGGACGCAAAAGUUCCGGAAUCCGUUUACUCUUCCAGUGGGUACUCAAACUGUUCGUGCUCUCGCCUUUCUUCCGGAGACCGGCUGCGAGAGUAAUGUGGUGACCAAGCGGUUCGAGGUUUCAAAGGCCAAUUGUGCUACCGAAAGCGGGAGGACAACCUCGCUUGACGACUACGCAUAUCUAGACGACUUGAAAACCAUUGAAUAUCAUAGAAAGAGGACCCGCAAAGCCAUCUUGGAUCUACCGGAGCGGGAUCACUCUGUCCAUCGGUCUGCCGAGAAGAAUUCUGACAAACCGAACAGGCUCGACGUUGACUCCAAGUUAUCCGGUGAAUGUUACUCUUCCAAAAGUCACGAAGAGCUUAAUGCUGCGGGUGACUCGGGGCAACCGGUGGCAAAGGUUGACAAAGCUACAUCCCAUACAGACUCUGUAACUGACGCUCCGUCCUUCAGGCAUGUGCUAUUCGACUCCUCUUCUCACCUCUCGCGUCUACAGCAACGAACUGACCUACUGCAUUGCCCCAAUUGCUUCAAUCCGCGGUCACCAAAUCAGUCACAAAAGUACUGUGUCCACUGUGGUCGCGCUUUGCCGGUUCUGCCCACCUGCGCCGCUGCUCCGCUCGCAGCUAUCCGCCUAGGCUCAUGUCCCAUGUGCCACUCGAAGGUGCCCCUCAAUCUGCCCGUGUGUCUGAUCUGCGAGAGUCCAUUGAAGCCACCGGAAAACCCCGCGCGGCGACAACAAGAGUACCGUGUGUGCGCGAUAUGCGGCACUGUCAAUCCUCUCGGCACACUGAGUUGUUGGACUUGUGAAGGCCGCCUCGCUACCGGUAUGGAAAACCUCAUCCUCCACUCCACCGCGGAGGCCCACCACAUCGGUCCUCCCCCGUCUCCUCCAGUGACCAAACCAAAGGAGUUCACCACUGCAACUGACAUCUACCUUCCCUGUCCGCAUUGUCGGCGCGAAAAUAACCCAGAUGCUCGGUAUUGUGACUGGUGUGGUCUGGAAACCGCCAGUCUACGAGUUUUAGAACCUUUCUCCAGUGCGCCUCACACCCGACCUUACGCCGGGUCGUAUGACCAACAGAGAGUCCAGUUCUACGCCGAAUUCAGUUUGACAUGUUCUCGAUGUGGAAGCGUGAAUCUCCGACACGCGCAGUUCUGUGCCUUCUGUGGGUUUCAACUCCCACCACCUGACAGGCAGUCUGUUUGGUCGACCCCAACCAGUCGUAUGAGUGAUGCUACAAUCGCUGCACAUUCGGCCCAAAGUUGGGUUGCUCCGGGGCGCAAUGCAGUGGUAUCAAAUGCUUCCACGCAAACCGUUGGCUUAUUUUAUCCAAGCGCUGCUGAUUUGCGUCGCAAAGAGUCUUGCCUUCGCUCAAACCCGUUCACCGAUGCGCAACUACACCAUCGGACUCCCCUGUUGACCGCCGUCAGUCCUGGUCGAGGUACUUCCUUCAGUAGUAGUUUCUGA